AUGAUGCACUCUAUCAUCCGGUUAAUGGGUAUCAUGGGUCUUUGGAGUGGAAAUACCCCUACCUCCGAGCUAGCGUACAUCUAUCGCAACAGUAACGAUAUGAAGGGAACCAUCCGCGGCCUCAUUGAAGUUGUGUUCCUCACAAGAGGUGGAAUUCAACUUUUUAUCAUCAUUUCCUAUCAGGAGCUGCUGAAAGAGGUAUUCUACAACAUUGAGGCAACUAUGGACGCUCUUCGUAAGGAUUCCUCUCAAGCCGUUUAUAAACAACUUAUGUGGCUAGAGAAGUCGCCGGAUCUUCUUUUUAAAUGGUAUUUUGUGGCUUACGUAGGAGCUUACGUAUUUUACUCGGUUGUUCCAGUCCUGAUGACAACAGCGGUAUACAUUUUAAGUGAUUCUAAUCCGGCAUUCCCGGUUGUCAUACACGUUGAUUACGUUUUCUUCGACUAUCGAUCAAAUUUUUGGAUCUGGCUGGCCAUAUCGAUUUCACUCAUGGUGAUAAAUUUUUCUAUGACAUUGGAUUUUGUUGCACUUGACUGCUUCAAAUUUUGUCUGUUACAACAAACCUGUGGUCUCUUUCAAAUCGUUCGCAUCAAGAUCCAGGAGCUGCACGAAUUUCAUGAUUCGGCGAAAUUUCGAACGGACAUACUGAAAAUUCUUCAACUACAGGAAGUAGCAUACAGAAGCUCCAAGAAAAUUGAAAAAGCUUUAAGUACGUAUAUCUUCGUGCUGUAUGGCUUGUGUAUCGAGAUAUUAUGCAUGAUUUUGUUGAACCUAAUAAUUGCUUUUGAUGACAAGACUUUUAUACUGAAAAUGGCGUUGACAUUUAAUUUGAUUAUGUUUCAGAUAUUUUCUUACUCGAUGCUGGGCACCGAACUCGAAACGCAGAGUACUUCAUCAGCUCGCGCUAUUGCCGAUUUGCAGUGGUAUGAUCUGCUCAAAAAUAGAGGGCAAAGCUAUGCCAUUCAAUUCAUGAUGAUGCGGUCUCAGAAGAAAGCUUUUCUAACGGCUGGUGGUUUUUUUCCCGUAACCAGGAAUUCCUUCAUGUCGGCGUUGAAUAUGACGUACUCUUUCUUCACUUUAAUGCAGCAAAUGUACGGUUAA